AUGGAUCGGUGGGCGGCCACGGCUGCCGGCCCAGCGGCGGCGGGGGCGGCAGGGACGCCGUCCUACUGGUGCUACAGCUGCGAGCGGUUCGUGCGCACGGCGGGGGACGCCGGCCUGGUCUGCCCCGGCUGCGACGGCGGCUUCCUGGAGCAGAUGGACGCGCCGCCGCCGCGCAGGGCCGUCGCGCCCUCUGCCUUCCUCCGCCGCCGCGCCGCGGAGGCGCCCACCGAGGUCCGGCCCCGCCGCGGCCGGCGCGGCGGCGCGUCGGGGGACCGCUCCGGCUCCCCGUACAACCCGGUCAUCGUGCUCCGGCGCUCCGCGGCCCCGCCCGGCGACGAGGCCCCCGGCGCCACCAGCAGCUUCGAGCUCUUCUACGACGACGGCGCCGGAUCCGGCCUCCGCCCGCUGCCCGAGAGCAUGUCCGACUUCCUCAUGGGGUCCGGCUUCGAGCGCCUCCUCGAGCAGCUCGCCCAGAUCGAGGCCGGCGGCUUCGGCGCCGUCCGCCCCUGCGACAACCCGCCGGCCUCCAAGGCCGCCGUCGAGUCCAUGCCCACCGUCGUCGUCGCCGCCUGCCACGUCGGCGCCGACUCCCACUGCGCCGUCUGCAAGGAGGCCUUCCAGCUGGGCGACGAGGCCAGGGAGAUGCCCUGCAGCCACAUGUACCACCAGGACUGCAUCCUGCCGUGGCUCGCGCUGCGCAACUCGUGCCCCGUGUGCCGGCACGAGCUGCCCACGGACGUGGCGCGGCCUGCUCCGGCGAGCGACCUGGGCGGCGCUGACGACCAGGGCAGCAACACCGGGGCUGAGGCUGGCAGCGAGGAGGAGAUGACGGUGGGGUUGACGAUUUGGCGGCUUCCUGGAGGAGGCUUUGCCGUCGGGAGGUUCGCUGGUGGCCGGAGGGCCGGCGAGAGGGAGCUCCCAGUUGUCUACACCGAGGUGGACGGCGGUUUCAACAAUGGCGGUGCCCCGAGGAGGAUCUCAUGGUCAUCAAGAGGGAGCCGUUCGUCGCAGAGGGGAGUUAUUAGACGCAUGUUCGACAACAUGUUUGCUUGCUUUGGGCACACCCAUUCUACCAAUGUGACUCGAGCCUCAUCCUCGAGGUCGGAGUGGAGCUCGGUUUUCACCCGUGGUCUGAGGAGCCGCAGCACAAGCUGGAGAUCCCAAGAUAGCCACGCCGAUGCGAUCGCCAGGUGA